AUGACAAACAGAAGCUAUUCUUGGUUUCAGAUGGAAAUCGCUUAUGAUUUCUCCGAGAUAUUUUCGUCAGAGCCCAUUCAACGUCUUGAUCGCGCACAAUUAGUACGUUUCAAUCCCAGGAAGUUUUGGGCCGUACAGAAAGCGAUUGACACACUUGGACAGUUAUCUACCCAGGCACAAGGCUUGAAACGAAUUCUAACAAGCUAUGAGAAGGUGGUAAAUCAUCCUGAAGAUCAAUAUAUCUACCUGAUGUGGCACCGUCAUCCGACGAAACCGUCUACGAGUAUUGUAAUUGGUAUGCUGAAAGUUGGCAACAAACACCUCUACCUUCUCGAUGCUUCUCAGAUUCAACGAUACGAGGAAGAACCACUGUGUAUUCUCGAUUUUUACAUUCACGACUCGGUUCAGCGCAGAGGAAAUGGACAUCAGCUGUUCAAUCACAUGCUAAGGCAGGAGGGCACAACUGCGAAGGCAGUGGCUAUUGACCGUCCCUCGGAUGCGUUCUUACAGUUUUUGGCGAAAUUCUAUGGUCUGAAAAAACCUGUGUGGCAGUCUACGAAUUUCGUGGUGUUUCCGGAGUUUUUCGAUGGCAAAAAGCCGACUCACCAGAAUGAACACUGUGGUACUGGUAGCCGUAGUGAGAAGUUUGGAUCCGGAAAGAAUGAGCCUCUCCUGGUAAGUCAGUAUUUGAGUACUGAUAGGGAUGCGCAUGGAGCGGGUAAGGAUUCCGUUGCCGGUUUGCUUCAUGGCGAUAUGGGACCAGAAUUUCGACGUAUCGCCGCACCAGAUACUCCGUUAGAUAGGAAGAAUAGGAGAGAUUUUGGGCAUCAGAGCCUAUGGUAG